AUGAAAGAUGGGCUUCAGGCAGAAUUUCUCCUCUCUCUCCCUCUCGCUCUCGCUCAGGUUGUCGCCGCCGUCGCCUCCUCUCUCUCCUUCCUUCUCUCUCAUUUGCUCGCCGCUGGCUCUUCUGUUCGAGAAAAGCGUCACCACCACCUACUCAUCUUCAAACGGGCAUCACCUCUGCGACGAGGAAGGCUCUCGAAAUCACAUCAGGCAUUUAAUCCGGUCCAAGACGGGGAAGGGCUCACGAAAUCACAUACGGAUGGAUGGUGUUUAGUACAAUCAUUCCAGAGAUUGAGCGCUCUACAAGCUGAUCUAGGAUUGAUGUUAAGAAUAAGCCACAAGUGUGGAAAAGUUGGUGCUCAGAUUCUUCGAUCAAUGGUCGUAUUAGAACAUCUGGCAUCAUCCAGGGUUGUUGACAUGCAAAUAAAAGGGACUUUCAAGCAAGGUGGAAAUGAAGUGGGAAGAGAUCCAAUAAGAAUUGACAAGAGGAGAAACUGCCAGAGCAGUAUGGGAAUCAUAUAAACAAAAUUUUCCCGAAGAUUUUGCUAGAGAUCUAGAAUUAGGAGAUAAUCCUUGUAACUUUGUUAAUAAAAUUAGACUAUUACUUUUGGGAGAUUCUCCAAACGCCAAUUAUGGUAAACAACAAGUAGAAGCUAUUAGAAAACUAGAACAAAUACAAAUUAAAAAUUGGGCUUUUAUGAAACCAUUCUUUUUAGAUUUUAUGUAUUAUAGUUGCAUUUCUGGAUGUUUUUAUGAUAAGACAAUAGGAGAUAAACUAUUUAUGAAGUUACCCGAUCCAUUAGGAACACUAAUUAAUAAAAAAUAUAAAGAAUUACAAGUGUUGCCUCAACUAGAUAAUAUGUCAACUAGAAUAAAAUUGGUGGUUGGGCAAUUGGUAGAAAAGUGUACUUAAAUACAAAUAGCCAAACAAUUCAAGGGCAAAGGAGAAUAUAGUUUUUGUAGGAAUAUUUACACACCCCAAAGAUAUGACAAAGAAUAUAAGCCUAAAAGAAAAUUAUACAAAAAUAACAUAAACCGGUAUCUAAAAAGAAAUCUUAUUUAAAAAAGAAUAGUUCUAGGAAACCUUAUUUAAAUAAGGAUAAACAUGUUAGAAAAUUUGAUAAAAAUAGAGAAUACAAAAAUAAAUUAAGUUGUUUUACAUGUGGAAGCACUAACCACCUAGUCCGAGAUUGUACAAAGAGAAAAUUAUCAUAAUAAGGAAUCUGUGUUGAUAGAUUGUGUAAAUGAAGACUUAUUACAAGUAGAUGAAUAUGUAAGUGAUACAAAGAGUAUAUACAGUAUAGUUAGCUAUCUAGAUCUUGAUGAGCUCAAAGAAGACAGUAGUGAUGAAGAAAAAUGUGAAUUUAUGGAAGGAAUGCUAGAAUCUAUUAAAAAAAUAUAAAGAUUGGCACCUCAAAGAUCUAGAUCAGCUAAACCAAAUAGAAUCCAUGUUAGCCUAUUUAGAAUGAGAAAACCCCCAGCAUAUCAUAGAGGUAAAUAUCAUAAGGUAAAUAAAAAUGACCCACAAAGAAUUAAGGAUGAAAUAAAUACGUUGGAAUAUAUGUUUGCAAAAUUCAAAGAUAUAAUAAAAAAUAACAACAUAACAUUGUUUCAAAGCUUGGUUCUAGAUAAACUAAUGAUAUGGAUUGUAUAAGAUUGUAUAAGAAAACAUAGGAAGAGAAUAAAUAAUGAAACCCAAGCAUAAGUACAAAAAUCUCAUUCUCCCCCUUUAUCAGAAAUAACUCCUUUAGAAUUUUUAAUCUCAGAAGCAUAAUUAAAUAAUCUCGAAUUUGGCCUAAAUAAUUAUGAUUUUACCUUUUUAGAUGAAUAGAGAAUGUGAUCAUAUUUGGAUAAGAAAUAGUGGAAAUAGUGAUAAGCCCUGUAAUUUCUGUAACCUGUAUCCUUCAUUAAAAUUAAGAUAAAGAUAUAACACUUGCCUAAAAGAAAGUUGUAGAUUUUGUUUAAUAGAUAGACACCAAUUACCCCCUGAAUCCUCUUCAAGUGAGCUCCCUAGGAUUAAUAGAUAUGAAACAUUAGAACUAAGAAUCUUGUAUUUAGAAACACUUAUUCAACAACUACAAGAAAGAAUAUAUAAAUUAGAAAGUGGAACAUGACAGGUCUCUAUUAUUAAACCACCCUUAUAUUAGCCAAGAUGUAAAGAAUGCUUAUAAAAAAUGUGGGCUAAUAUGGAUGAAAAUAAUGAAAAGAUUAGAAAAGGAAAAGAACAAAAAAUAGAAGAAAAAAUCUUAGAAGAAAACUUAGAAGAAAAUAUAGAAAUAGAAGAAAUAACCAUAAACAACCCUGUAAAGUAUGAAAAAUCACAAAAUACCAAGUGCACCUAUAUAUAGUAUAAAAAUACCCUGUAGAAUUCAAAUAGAUGAAUGGAAACUAGAUGUUUUAGGAUUAAUUGACACGGGAUGUUCUAACACAAUUCUUGAUGAAAAUUUGGUACCACCAAAAUAUGUUAAAAACCUACUAUUAGAAAACCAAUAUAAAGUUGAGCAAAUGGAUGGUCAAUUAUUUACCUUUACAAAACAACUAGCACCAUGUAAGAUUAGCUUUUUUAAGAAUAAUCAACUUCUUACAAAUUACUUACACUUUCAGGGCAACAUUAGUCUGCGAGACUUUAAUUUAAGACUAACUAGAUUUAUUAUUGGACUUAAUAUAAUAACCAAUUUUUUCCACAAAUGUACAAUAAAUUCCUUCGGAAUCAACAUUUUAGGAGUUCCUCUUUUACCUUAUGCCUCCGAACUUUAUUUUGAAAGCCAGCCAAGACCAAGGCUGUUGUGAAAAUUGUAAAGGACAAACCUCUUGGCAAGAUCAAGAAAAAACAGAGAAAACUAAUGAGACUCUUAUAGAAUUCAGCAAAUGUAGUCUAUUUGAUGAAUUAACAUUUGAACCUCCUUUAGGCCAAUUAGUUAAUCUAAAUUUCCUUUAUGAUUUGAUAUCUUCAGGCCAUUUAGAUAUCGAUGACAUCCUGAGUAAAUUAGAAAAAAGAAGAAAUUAUAGGAGAUAAACCAUGGAAACACUGGGAUAAGAAUAAGAUUUUUUGUAAACUACAAUUAAAAGACCCAGAUUUUAGAAUACAAAAUAAAAAGAUAGAAUCUACUAAUGAAAAUAUUAAUUAAUACAAGAUGCAUAUAGAUGAAUUACUAAAAUUAGGGGUAAUAAGACAGAAGCACUAGUAGACAUAGAAGCCCUACUUUUUUUUUCAGAAAUUUAAUAAUUUUUUAAUAAUAUUUUAUUUUUUGAGUUUUUAAAAAUUUUUCGGUAUUAUCUUAACCCACGUUAAUUUUUAUCGCAGAAGUUGACAACCGUUGUCAAUUGGAUUUGAUAUGCUUAAGGAGUAAAUUAGGAACUUUUAAUAAAGCGAGCAAUAUAGCUAAGUGGCUAUAAUAGAAGGACUAUUACAAGAAUUUUAAUAAAAAAAUACGAGUCAUUUAUUGAAAGUUGUAUG